AAAAAGUACGCGAUAUCGCGCGCGAUUCUCCCGGAAAGUUCGACCCGGCGACCCAACACCGCAGUCGCACACAAGUUGAAGUCUCGAGACAAACGGCAAGAUGUUUCGCAUAGCGACGAACAAGUUGUCCAGGUGGAGCUUCAAGAAUGGCAGAGCGUUCACCGCGAAAGCGUCCAAGGCGAACGAGACGAAGCACAUUGAAGUGCCUAGUAGUGCGGAUAUUGUGAUAAUAGGUGGUGGCAGUGCUGGCUGCAACGCGUUGUACCAAUUAGGCAAACGCGGCGUGAACGCGGUGCUCUUGGACAAGUCCAAGCUGAUAUCCGGCACGACAUGGCACACGGCCGGUCUCGUGUGGAGUCUACGGGGCGUGUGCGACGUGGAGAUGGAGUUGCUGAAGGUCUCGCGAUUCGUAUACGCCUCGUUGCAAGAGGAGACCGGCGUAAACUCGGGAUGGAUAAACAACGGUGGACUCUACAUCGCUCAUUCACCGGUGAGCACGCGUGUCCUCGUUCUUCGCUCGAUUUACGGACAAAGUGGUAACGUUCCCUGCGAUUUUCCGCAGGGACGAGUCGCUGAAUACGAGAGAUUAGUCACUGGUUGCAAGAGUUUCGGGAUCAACGCGUACAUGGUCGACCCGGUCGAGGCGAAGAAGAAGUUCCCCCUAGUGGACGACAAGGCAUUUGCGGCUGCGGUAUACUGUCCGUCGGAUGGCACCAUAGACCCCGUCAUGAUGGUGAACGCCUUGACCAAGUCCGCACAGAGAAACGGUUGCAAGGUCAUCGAGGAUUGCCCGGUCACGAAAAUCCUCACAGAAGAGACCGACGGCUACAAGAGCGUUUGCGGGGUGGAGACGCCUUACGGCGUUAUUAAGAGCAAGAUUAUCUUGAAUGCCGCGGGAGCGUGGUCUGGUAACUUAGCGCGAAUGGUGGGACUGAAUAUCCCGCUGGUACCGAUGAAACACGCGUACAUCGUCACCGAGCCGAUGAACGUGCGGGGACUGCCGAACCUCCGAGACCCCGACCAGAGUAUUUACUUCCGCGUACAAGGCGGAAAUAUGUGCAUCGGAGGAUACGAACCGAACCCUAUCGUGUUGAAAUCUGCGCCGGAAGACUUCUCCUUCAGUUUGUACGAGCUCAAUUGGGACGUGUUCAACACCCACGUUGAAGCGAUGAACAAACUCAUACCCGCUCUGGCGACUUCUGGAAUAAGAACGACGGUGUGCGGCCCGGAAAGCUUCACCCCCGACCACCGACCUCUCAUGGGCGAAGACCCACGCUGCACAGGCUUCUAUUACUCCUGCGGAUACAACAGCGCCGGGAUGAUGUUCGGCGGCGGUUGCGGAGAACAAGCAGCCUUGUGGAUAAUCAACGGGCGGCCGGACAAGCACAUGUUCAACUACGACAUCAGACGGUAUAUACCGGAACAGAGGGAGGAUCCCGUCUGGAUAAAUGAGCGCAGUCACGAGGCUUACGCGAGGAAUUACGACAUCGCCUUCCCGCACGACGAACACCUGAGCGGUAGGAACUUGAAGACUGAUCCUUUUCACAAGUUGCUAGUUAAAGAAGGUGCCGUCAUGGAGGAACGGCAAGGAUGGGAACGUCCGGGAUGGUUCCUGCCGGACAACAAAACAGCCGCAGUUCUGCCGUACGAUUACGACGGUUACUACGAUACACCGAAGAAUACGAAACACGUGUAUGCCGAUAUACUGAAGACAGAACGUACAUUCGACUUCCCGCCACACGAUGAUAUCAUACGAGAGGAAGCACUUUCGAGCAGAAAUAACGUCGCCCUGUUCAACAUGUCCUACUUCGGGAAGUACUAUCUGUGUGGGCCAGAUGCGAGCGAAGCGGCGAAUUACAUAUUUACGUCUCAAAUGGACCGGAAAAUCAACAGGACCGUAUACACUUGCAUGUUGAACCGCGGCGGAGGUGUGGAGGGAGACUGCACGGUCACCGGCCUGGAAUCUGGCAUGGGUGGCAUCGUCGACCCCAUAUUCAAGGGGAAGGGAUUCUACAUCGUGAGCGGAGGCAUGUCAUCGUAUCAUACUCGGACGCAUAUAAACAAAGUGAUAAGGGAGAAAGGCUUCAGUGUAUCUUUGCAUGACGUCACGGAGCAGAUAGGAGUUUUAUCAGUCCAGGGCCCUAACAGCCGCCAAGUUCUUCGAAUGUUGGUCGAGGAUGAUCUUUCCAACGAAUCGUUCCCAUUCUCAACGUCGAAACUGGCGCGGAUAGACGACGAGUUGGUACACAUGUUCAGGCUCAGCUUCGUCGGUGAGCUCGGCUUCGAGUUGCACGUACCACGAAGCUCCUGCGAGAAAGUUUACAGAGCCUUAGUGGAGUGUGGCAAGAAGUAUGACAUGAAACUGGCCGGCUUCAGGGCGCUGUACAGUCUGAGUUGCGAAAAAGGGUAUCAUCUCUGGAGUGCGGACUUGAGACCGACCGACAAUCCAAUCGAGGCAGAUUUAGGAUUUACUUGCCGCAGUAACGGAGAGUAUUUAGGAAAGGUAUCUGUUGAGCAGUACCGCAAAAACGGUAUCAAGAGAAGACUGGUGCAUUUACACAUAGAUGACAACAUACCACUGUGGGGUAUGGAAAGCGUUUAUAGGAAUAAUCAAUUAGUUGGUUACUUAAGAAGAGCCGAACGUGGGUACACUUUUAAAAGCAAUAUUGGACAGGCAUACAUCACAGCUCCGAACGGGCAAAACAUUACAAAGGAGUUCUUAGAAACAGGUACUUACCAUAUUGAGGUAAUGAGGAAAAAAUAUCCCGCCAAGAUGUACCUUCACAGCCCCUUUGACCCGCAGAACAAAAGAUUACAGGGUAUAUACGUGAUGUAAGUUACUUAUCGACGUUAUUUCUUA